AUGGCGGGCCUGUUUCGACUUCUCAAAAUGCAAUACACUCCCCCGACCGAUCCCCGGGGGAUCUCUCUUGCCGGCAAAACAGUCCUUUUGACUGGUGCAACCUCAGGUCUAGGCUACGAGGCCGCCAUCAAAUUUCUCAAUCUGGGAGUUGACUCCUUGGUAAUUGGAAGUCGCAGUCUCGAGCGGGGAAAUCGUACCAAGGCCGAGAUCGAAAAACUUACCAGUCGGCCAGGUGUUGUGCAGGUCUGGGAGCUUGAGAUGAACAGUUUUCAAAGUGUCAAGGAUUUCGCCAGUCGGGUCAACAAGGAACUUCCCCGCGUCGAUAUCGCGCUGCUCAAUGCCGGUCUCUGGAACCGGGAAUAUGGCCAGUCGCCUGAGGGAUGGGAGGAGACAUUACAAGUAAACACUCUUUCGACGUCACUACUAGCAUUGCUACUUCUUCCCAAACUUCGGGAAUCCUCAGGUGCUGAGCCGACCCAUUUGAGUGUUGUCUCGAGCCAGCAGUUUGUUCGUGCGAAGGCGGCGAGCCUUGAGACGGAGGGAUCCUUGUUAGAACAUCUGAACUUCCCGGGUAGGUUUCAGGGACCGAAACAGUACGGCGUUUCCAAAUUGCUGUUGGAGUACGUCAUGAAAAAUAUUGCAGAUCUGGUUCGCAAUGAGGACGGUACAUUGCCCAUUAUUGUCAACACAAUUAGCCCUGGAUUAUGCCAAUCCUCUCUCACACGCCAAUACCUGAGGCGGUUCUACGAGCGAUGGCUGUCCUGGCUCGCAUACCGGCUCUUUGCCCGUACAACGGAACAGGGUAGUCGGUCUUUGGUAAGCGCGACACUCCAGGGCGUUGAGUCGCAAGGUAAAUGCUGGCGGAGUGAUGGAUAUCUGGAUGAAUCCAAAGCCCUCACUACCGGAACCAAAGGGAAAGAGUUUCAAGCGAAGGCGUGGGAAGAGAUCAUGGAGUUGUUAUCAAGCCAGGCAGACGUGCGAGGGAUUAUUCAGUAG